UAGGGGACGGGUGGAGCUAUCCCUCAGGUUGCCACUUUCUCCCUCCGCUACCCCCUAUCUCUCGCGCGCGUGUGUAUGCCUGUUCGGAUGUCAUUCUAUCCAAGCGGAUGCGCUACAAACUUCAGAGGACACGCUGUAAAAACUUAAGAACGAUUUCAACUUCUUUACUUUUUACUUGUGUUCCAGCUCUUAUCUUGGAUUUUACUUUUCCCGUCAACUUUUAAUAGAAGUGUCAGGUCUUGUAUCCGUAAACCUGUUGAAGGUCUUUCACGUGUAUUUGAUAGUGAGCUCGGGGAGCGGGACACCACUGUUGCUGACCGUGAUCUGUUUCUGCCGGUGAACUGUUUUUCGCGCAUUCAAAGACAUGCCGACUGGGUUUCACCAACUCGGAGGGGAGACCGUGACAGGAACCCUCGCCCUAUCAGUGUUCACCGCCGUACUGGGAUCUCUUCAGUUUGGAUACAACAUCGGCGUCAUCAAUGCUCCUCAGAAGAUCAUUGAGGCGGACUACAAUGCCACAUGGGUGCAUCGGUACGGGGAGCCCAUCUCCAGCAGGACCCUCACCACUCUCUGGUCCCUGUCGGUAGCCAUCUUCUCAGUGGGAGGCAUGAUGUCUUCCUUCACUGUUGGGGUCGUCUCUGAAUGGCUAGGGAGGAGGAAAGCCAUGCUCAUAAACAACAUGUUUGCGUUCAUCGGAGGAGGUUUGAUGGGCAUGGCCAAGCUCUGCCGGUCGUUUGAGAUGAUGAUCCUGGGACGAUUCGUCAUCGGCGCUUACUGCGGACUGGCGUCCGGUCUGGUGCCCAUGUACGUGGGUGAGAUAGCCCCUACCAGCCUCAGAGGGGCGCUGGGUACUCUCCACCAGCUGGCUAUCGUCACAGGGAUCCUCAUAGCACAGAUCCUGGGUCUGGAGUCACUGCUGGGCAGCGAGGACCUGUGGCCAGUACUGGUGGGUGUGACCGUUCUGCCCACUGUCCUGCAGAUGGGGCUCCUGCCUUUCUGUCCUGAGAGCCCCCGCUUCCUGUACAUCAUCCGCUGCCAGGAGCACCACGCCAAGAGCGGCUUAAGAAGGCUGACGGGCAGACAGGAAGUGGGCGACAUGCUGGCGGAGAUGAAAGAGGAGAAGAGGAGGAUGGACAUGGAGAGGAAGGUGUCCAUCCCGGAGCUCUUCCGGUCCACCAUGUACCGCCAGCCCAUCGCUAUCGCCAUCCUGCUGCAGCUUUCACAGCAGCUGUCUGGGAUCAACGCUAUAUUUUACUACUCCACCAGUAUCUUCCAGAAGGCAGGGGUUCAAAGCCCUGUUUAUGCCACUAUAGGAGCCGGCGUGGUGAACUGUGCCUUCACCGUGGUCUCGCUCUUCCUGGUGGAGAGGAUGGGCCGCCGGACGCUACACAUGCUGGGACUGUCCGGAAUGUGUGGCUGCGCUGUUGUCAUGACUGUGGCGCUCAGCCUAUUGGACAGCGUUCCCUGGAUGAGCUACAUCAGCAUGCUGGCCAUCUUUGGCUUCGUGGCCUUCUUUGAGGUGGGCCCUGGCCCAAUCCCAUGGUUCUUUGUGGCUGAGCUCUUUUCCCAGGGACCCCGGCCCGCUGCUAUGGCCGUGGCCGGAUUCGCCAACUGGACGGCCAACUUCAUUAUCGGUUUUGGUUUCCAGUAUGUUGCCGAGCUCUGUGGGCCGUAUGUCUUCCUGAUCUUCGCCGCCCUCCUGCUCUUCUUCCUCGUAUUCACCUUUUUCCGGGUGCCAGAGACACGGGGAAAGACGUUUGACCAGAUCUCCUCGGGCUUUGGCCACGCCUCCCCCGACAUCAUGGACAUGGAGCUGGACAAGCCCAGCACAGAGCUGGACUACCUGGGGGCGGAGGGAUCCCUCAACUGA